GUUGUCUUUCUCACUAUCGAUUGAUCAAGCACAGAGAGAGAGAGAGAGAGAGAGAGAGGGAGGGAGGGAGGGAGGGAGAGAGAAACCCUAGCUCCUGUGGUUAGCUGUUGCGGUCAAAUAAGCACUUUCCUCCUCUUGUCGAAACUUGAAAGCACAGACAAAUUGGAUGGCAUAAUAGACAUAUAGUAACCAGCAAAUCUGUGAAUCCCAUACCAACCAACAUCAUCAGAAGAUUGCUUUAGAGGAAGAUCCGAGUAGAUUCAUCUCAAACCCAACAAAAAAAAAAUGGGAGAUUUGUCGAGAAAGAUUGAUGUGACGACUGUAAUUGCGGUCAGUGACGACUUCGUUGGGGUUCUCAGAGAUGAGAAGGAUGUUAACGACUUGACCCAACAUUUGGAACAAUCAAAGGCUCUUCAAUCUCAAUGCGACGCUGAUUACAAUGAUGUUCUCAGCUUGCUUCAAGAUUAUCAGAAAAGGAUAGAUGUGAGCAAGAAAAAAUCAGAUGAGGCAAGAUCCGAAGCUGCUUCAGAUGCAGAAAUGGAUUUGCUUCAACAAGAGUUGGAAGAGGAAUUUCAGAGAGAACGUUUGCUCCAGGAGGAACUUAGAGUUAUUACCAAUGAAAUUAGUGAUCUAGAAAAUCAAAGGGCUUCUGUUGGAGAAAGAAGGGAGAUUCUGAGAAAGCUUGAGCAAGAUGAGAUGAGGGCACAGAUGAAGCUUUCAAUGUAUGCUUCUGUCACAAAUAUAAUUCCAAACUUGCAUGAAAAUUCCAAAAUAUCAGGGUAUAUCGUGAAAAGAGACAGAAAGGCGGUUGAGAAGUUUGAAUUUGACCCUUCAGAAGCUACUGCAUUUGAUACAUGCAACAACAUUUGGAACAUGAUAAGCUUGUGAUAAAAUUCGAACGUUCUUCCAUUUCCAAGGCAAUAUGGAAUCCAGUUUAUGAGUAUAUUUAUAUCGGUUGUCUUAUAGUUACGUUGAAACUCAAAACUUUUUUAGCAUUUUGAAUCUUUAAUCUUGUCAAUUUGUAAUUUUUGUUGACUUAAUUCCAAGUCUGUUAGUGUUGACGCGAGUUAUUUGGCUGUUUGCUCCAUUUAA